GCAAGCGUUCAUCCGGCAAUAUAAUUUUUUGAGUGAAAAUUCAGGUAACCAACAUCUCAGAAUUUGCAUCGAUCCUCAGUUGAAUAAAGUAACAGUCAAGAAUAAGUAUCUCAUUCCUAAAAUUGAUGACUUAUUCGACCAACUCAUGAUUUGGCCUAUUCUAUGGAAGUAGAACAGAUGUCAUGUAUGCGUCUAAGUAACGCUUGGAAUAAUUGAAAUCUCUUUUACAUAUAGCCUUCAAAUACUCUCCUUGGAACUCUUCAUUCCAAAAAUAAUUUGUUUGGCGUUCUCAACUUCUCAAGCAGAUAAUCUUUACAAGCUAAGUUUGAUUUGUUUGUUGGUGGUAUGACUGGUCAUUCUGGUGGUCAUCAUGGAUAUCCUCCAUGCGGAGGAGGAUAUCCUCCUCAAGGGUGCUAUACAUAUCCUCCUCAAGGGUACCCUCCACAGCAUCAGGGGCAUACAUAUCCUCCUCAAGGGUAUCCUCCUGCUGGAUAUGCUACACAAGGUCGUUAUGGUGCUUCACACCACUCAGGGCAUGGUGGUAUGGGGGCUUUGUUAGCUGGAGGUGCUGCUGCUGCAGCUGCUGCCAUGGGUGCUCAUCAUCUGUCGCAUGGAUCUCAUCACGGAGGCGGUUAUUAUGGAGGUGGUCAUUAUGAUCAUCAUGGAGGCAUGUUUAAGCAUCACGGAGGCAAGUUUAAGCAUGGAAAGCAUGGGAAAUUCAAACGUGGAAAGUAUGGAGGGAAAUUCGGGAAGUGGAAGUAAACUAGUUAUAGUAUCAAAACACUUCACCUGGCUUUACAGUAUGCUAAUAAGACAUAAUAAGAUAUGUUUAUUAUGGCCUACAUAGGCCUGUGAGAUGUUGUCUUUUUAUAUUGUAUUUUCAAUUCUAAAGUGAGUGAGACUGCAAUUGUAGCCCUGGAGGGGCCUAAACUUUUCUGAUUUAAUUUCCUGUCUUCUGUAUUUGCUCAAUCAAUGAAUUUUCUCAUUGAAGAUA